UGCAGCGUCCGAGCGUGUGACGUCAUCACCCGUCGCCUUCUGUUGGUAUUGCCCGCUUCGAUUGGGUUUGAAACAGAGCUUAGUGCGGGAUGCAGCCAGGAGCCCGUACUUCGCGGUUGUUUUUAUACUAAAUCGCCGUAUCCUGGUGUGACCCUCCAUCAUGAAGCGCACAGCUCCUCGCACGGCCAUUAAGGCCAUCAUGAAGAAACAGAACCCAACGCUGCGGAUGGAGACGAACAUUGACCUGCUGAUCCACUUAAACUGCCUGCUGUUUCUCCAAAGGCUGGCCACUGAGUCCCGGUUAAAAGCAUGUGAGGAAAAGUCCUCCGUGAUAAAACCUGAACAUAUCAAAGCCGUUUCAAAGAUAGUUUUGAAAAAAUCCAAAGGCUAAAAAUGAUGGAAAGCUAAAGAAGAAAACUCAAUUUCAUCAGGAGAUGUCAAUUGUCUG